CGGACCUAUUUUCCUAUAUCCCUAUUUGCAAGUACAGAAUAUUAUCUGCGAGUAAACUAAUUAAGGUAAAUAUGGAAAUUCAUACAAUAUAUGCUGCAGAAUAUGAGCUGAAUAAAGCAUAUAAAAAAUGCAGAGAAUUUAAAAAAAAUUGAACCACUGACCAAAUAUGGCACCUACAGUUGAAUUCUAGAACACAAUGUUACCGUGACAACUCUGACGUCAUCAUUCUGAAGGUAUAAAUUCUGCUGUAGGCACCAAUACCACUUCAAAACAAAUCUGAUUUCGAAGAAGAAGCAUCUCAAUAUGAAGUGGAUUUUUCUCAAUUGCUUUAGGCCCCCAGCGGUACCAAAGGACGCUGGAGAAGCUAUAGACGCAAAGGAGGAAAGAAAAAAGGACAAAGAAGGAAAGAAAAAGAAAUCCUGGCUGAAGAAGCUUUUUACAAAAAAAGGGAAAGGAAAAAAGGAAAUGGUGGAGGACAGCCAGACAUUGGCGAUAGAGGAGGACAGCCAGACAUUGGCGAUAGAGGAGGACAGCCAGACAUUGGCGAUAGAGGAGGACAGCCAGACAUUGGCGAUGGAGGACAGCCAGACAUUGGCGAUGGAGGACAGCCAGACAUUGGCGAUGGAGGAUAGCCAGACAUUGGCGAUGGAGGAUAGCCAGACAUUGGCGGUGAAGGAGGAGAGCCAGACAGUGGCGGUGAAGGAGGAGAGCCAGACAGUGGCGGUGAAGGAGGAGAGCCAGACAGUGGCGGUGAAGGAGGAGAGCCAGACAGUGGCGGUGAAGGAGGAGAGCCAGACAGUGGCGGUGAAGGAGGAGAGCCAGGCAAAGGUGGAGGAGAGCCAGGCAAAGGUGGAGGAGGAGAAGUACAAGGCAAUGGAGGAGGAGGAGAAGUACAAGGCAAUGGAGGAGGAAUACAAGGCAAUGGAGGAGGAGUACAAGGCAAUGGAGGAGUACAAGGCAAUGGAGGAGGAGGAGGAGAGCAAGGCAAUGGUGAAGGAGUGCAAGGCAAUGGAGGAGGAGAGCAAGGCAAUGGUGGAGGAGUGCAAGGCAAUGGAGGAGGAGAGCAAGGCAAUGGAGGAGAAGUACAGGGCAAUGGAGGAGAAGUGCAAGGCAAUGGAGGAGGAGUACAAGGCAAUGGUGGAGAAAAGCAAGGCAAUGGUGGAGAAAAGCAAGGCAAUGGUGGAGGAGAGCAAGGCAAUGGUGAAGGAGAGCAAGGCAAUGGUGAAGGAGAGCAAGGCAAUGGUGAAGGAGAGCAAGGCAAGGGAGGAGAUGCGACUCAACAUAGAACACUGACUAUCAGUACUACUGAAAUAUGUAAAUACUUGUAAAUAAAUCAUUAAAAAUGAA